AUGGGGGACUUCUACUCGUCAGAGUCGAAUGAUAAUGUGCGGCAUGCACGGAGCCUGCGCAACUCGGUCCUGCUGGAGGGUGACGUCGGAGAGAGGGGCGCGGGCAGUCACGGAACAGGGACGGAGACGUUCUAUGAGUCGACGUGGGAGAGCAGCCUGCACGAUGUAGGAUUUUCGGAUGACGAGUGCGAGGAUGGAGAGGAGACGGCGACCCAGGCUUUCAUGACAGCGUCGCCGUCGCUGAGUGCGCUGGCCGGUAUUCUAAGCGAGAAGAGCAAGCAGGCGGAAGAGAAGAUGAGGUCGCGGUCCAGCACGCUGCUGGGAACAACGAUUGAGGAGGAUGGAGAGGAUGAUGGGCUGCCAGGUGCGCCACGAGUGGAGCGAAGCUCAGUUGAAAGCGCAUUACGGAGCCGCCAACCGCUGGGAGGACAUGCCUUACACUCACAGACGCACUUGAGACAUAACUCUGUUCUUGAAGCUGACGACAAUGGAUCUAUUGCAUCAAGUUUUCAAGCCGGUUCUAUGUUAUCUCGGACAAUAAACAGGGUGCGCUCGAGGUCUGUGACGAGCACUAUUACCGAUCAAGCAAACUCCAGCGGAUCGGGUGCUGUUUCUAUGUUAAAGAAAAGGUUCCCCUCUAUGUCGCAGCCCAAGGGAGAUGCCACCCCCGAGAAAACGCAAAGAAAGCGGAGAAGUGUGUUUUCUUUCCUGAGAAGGAAGAGUUCUGCUGCAUCAUUGGCUGAAAGUAAUGCUUCCGGCGAACCGCCUGGGAUCCCAACAUCUUCUACAUUUUCCGUCACCAAAUCAGCUUCUAAGGAAUCUUUGACUUCCGCGACUAAGCUGACCAAAAAGUCAUACAGCAGUAGCAGUUUAUUCAGUACCUUCAAGAGGAACAAGGACAACAAUAGGUCGACCGAGAAUAUAUCUAGAGAGCUUCGCGAAAGUCUGAACACAAAGAAGAGGACUGUCACGCGACCAAUUCUAGAGGAUAACGAUGAUGUUGCGGUUAGAAUUGAUAUCAGUGAUCCGAACGCGCUAUUUCAACAGACGCCUUCGAAAUAUAAUAAGGAAUCUCGGACCUCAAUUUCGUAUUCAACAGCACAGACAACGCCUAAACAAGAACUUCCGAUGACGCCUAAGCCAGCUCUUGGGUUUCCAAGGGCAGAAAGCCCUUCUUCCACCCUCCUAGAAAACAUGCAUAAGGUAGAUAGUGGCGAAGCAGUUUUCCCUAAAUCAUUGAAUCCUCUUGAGGUCGAAUCUAUCGUUUCAAUGGAACGCUCUCGAUCCCACAAGUCUAAUAGGAAUUCGAUGGCCUCAUACCGGAGAUCACUCACCGACAAUAUAUCUAUCAAGGCUCAAAACGAGGGCAUGUUUGUUACAGAAGCUUCUGAAGUGAUAUUAUCUACCCCUGACCUAACGAAAUCUCCUACAAACAGCAUCCUCAGAAACGGGACCUUCGAGUCGUUAGAUGGCAUCCCGAAGUCGAGUGAUAUAAGCUUGGACGACUAUACUUAUAGUUUAACCAUUCCUCACAAGGAUGGAGAGGAGGGUAUGAAUUUCUCAUUUAGCUCAAUACAGGAGAAGCUAAAUGAACUAACGAUGGAUACCGAUGAGGAAGAAGAAGAAAUUAAAGAAGUCAAAGUAACUCCAGUACAAACCCCAAUUCUCCCCCCUAAUACAGAUCCUGACUUCAUGUCCGAUAUUGCAGAGUUCGCGAACAUUAUUGAUUUUGGUGAUGAAGUCGACUUUGACCUGGAGCUUGGGACUGGCGAUUUAAAAUAUAAAACAUUGAAUCCUAAAGAUAUUCUGCAAUCUGACACCUUAAGAGCUGAUAUACGCAUCACAUCCUCGAGUGAAUACCUGAGAGAGGCCCACGAGCCUUUGGGGGACGAACCGCGUCGGGUAACGAUAGGAUGUGAUCUCACUCACGAUUUAAGCUUAAAAACCAUGGACUAUUACGAUGAAGACAUAGAUAACGAGCACUUCGCCCUUGAUGGAGAAGAGAUGCACCCAGAGACAGUGGAUCCAUACCUUCCAGCGCAAUCUCUGGCAGUGAAUCGGCCUUUAUCUAUGUCGUUCAGAGGGCUAACUGGUCCACAGUUUAAUCGUACACAUGAUCUACCCAGGUUAAACAGCGAAAUCGGAUUAAAUAGCUACACAAUGGGCGACAAUGAUCGUUCUGUUCACUUCUCCACCAGGAUUUUACUACACGAUACCUAUACGGAGGAUGAGUACGAUAGGCGCCCUGAUAUUGCUACGUGUAAUCAGCUCACCCCUCAAUUGGCCCAACUAAUUAAAGAAGAAUUGAACCAGGUUAAGAGUGAAAUGGAGAUACAUGAGGAUUCAAGAUGCUAUACCCAUUUCUAUUGA